CGCAUCCAACUCCAGCAAAAGCCGUGGGAACUCUAACAGCCAAACUUGAUCCUUCUCUUUCUCUCUCUUGAUCUUUCCCCUCCUCCUAGUGUCUGCGUCGGUGCUGAUCUCCAACUCCGGCGAGAGGUCUCAGGUUCUCGUCCUUCGAAUUUUACGGGUGAAAUAACGUCAUGGCUUCUUCUUUUUCUUCUUCCUCUUCUUCCACAGUUACCAUUUUCUUCUUCGUAGCCUUCCUCGUUGCUAGCUUUCCCUCUUGCGUGGAUUCCAGGGGAGGAGAACGGAGUUUUGGUUUCGCAGGACUUGCCAAUCAUAGCUAUGAGGCUUCAGGCAGACACUUGCUUGUUCAGGAGAUGAAUCAGUCCGAGGAAGUACAGGAUGUAACCCAUGGAUAUAUGACUAACCAUGAGCUGGAGAAAGCCAUGAAGAAAAUUACUUACAGGUGUGCCAACAUUUCAAGGAUGUACAGUAUUGGGAACAGUCUUAUGGGAAUUCCAUUGUGGGUGUUGGAAAUUUCUGACAAACCUGGGCAAGAAGAGCCAGAGCCUGCAUUUAAGUUUAUUGGGAAUGUCCAUGGCGAUGAGCCGGUUGGUCGUGAAUUGCUUCUAUUUCUGGCGAAUUGGUUAUGUGAUAAUUACGGGAAGGAUCCUUUGGCAUCUAUAAUCAUAAAAAAUGUCCACCUCCAUUUGCUGCCAACAAUGAAUCCAGAUGGAUUUUCUUUGAAGAAACGUGGUAAUGCAAACAAUGUUGAUCUAAAUCGAGAUUUUCCUGAUCAAUUCUUCCCUCAGAAUAAUGAUGAGCAGCCAAGGCAGCCAGAAACAAGGGCAAUAAUGAAUUGGCUGAGGGAAAACCAUUUUACUGCAUCUGCCAGUUUGCACGGGGGUGCCUUGGUUGCGAACUAUCCAUGGGAUGGCUCGAAAGACUUGAGGAAGCAGUAUUAUGCCUGCCCUGAUGAUAAAGCAUUCCGAUAUAUGGCAAACUUGUACAGUCAUUUUCACUACAACAUGUCUCAGAGUCGUGAAUUUGAAGAAGGCAUCACAAAUGGAGCUGCAUGGUAUCCCAUAUAUGGGGGUAUGCAAGACUGGAACUAUAUCCAUGGUGGCUGCUUUGAGUUGACUUUGGAAAUUAGUGAUGUCAAAUGGCCUAGGGCUGAAGAGCUUCCUGUUCUUUGGAAUUUUAAUAAGGCAAGCAUGUUGAAUCUUGUAGCGAGCGUUUUCAAGAGUGGAGUUCAUGGGAGGAUUUUCUCAGCACUCUCAGGGCAACCUUUACCCGCUGCAGUGGAUAUCAAGGGUAUUAAUUACACGGUUAAAGCUGGACAACUUUUUGGUGAUUACCAUCGCAUGCUUGCUCCUGGUCAGAAUUAUGAAGUUACUGCCUCCAUGCCUGGAUACUUUCCAAAAACUGCAUGGUUUUCUAUUGAAGAUGAAGCAGUGAAUGUUGACUUCAUUCUGAAUCCAGUGGAUGGAGAAUCAAGAAAACUCAAACCAUUAGAGAAUAACUGUAAAUGUGGUUAUGGCGGCAUGCAGAAGUCUGAAAUGAUGCUGAUACUAACAAGGAAUCAUCUCCAGGUAUCAAUUGCUGCAUUUGCUAUUUUGGGCUUUCUUUUAUUCUUGUUUAGAAGGAGAAUAAAUUUCAGGAUUCCAAACAGCAGACAGUUGGUGACUCAUAAGAGGGCCCUUGUCCCUUGAGUGGAUUAGUAAAAUAAUUUUUGUGGAAUAUGUAUACCAUAAUUUAUUGUAGCGUCGAUUGACCAGACAAAAGCAGCAAGCAUUUUUUUCUAUCUAAAAUGGUUCUGUUGGAA